AUGGCCGAUUCCCAUAAAUUUCACCCCGCCCUCACCAUCACCAACGUGAAGUCCCUUGUCCCGGUUACGUUGGAUAAUGAGAAGAGUAUGUAUCAUUCUUGGGCUGCCCUAUUCACAAAUCUCGCUAGGUUUCACGAUCUCUAUGAUCACUUGGUUCCACCAACGGAGGAGAUAGCCAAGGUUGCUUAUGACAAGGCAAAGUCCGCUGAUCUUGCUUUGUGGAAACGCCUUGAUGUCGCUGUUCUUCAAUGGAUUUACGGCACUAUCUCCUCUUACCUUCUACAUGCUAUCCUCAAACGUGAUGACACAGCCGAGGCGGCAUGGAAACGUCUUGAAGCUUUAUUCCAGGACAAUAAGGCUUCCCGGGCUACCCAUCUCGAAGAAGACUUCACAAAUGCUGUUUUCGAGGAUUACAAUUCUACUGACACUUACUGCAAUUACCUUCAAUCCCUUGCGGACAGACUUGCCGAUGCCGAUGCCCUGGUGUCGACUAGUAGGUUGGUUUUACGGCUCACCGGAUCUCUGCAGGAAGCUUUUAUUGGUAUCGUGGAUUUUAUCCAAAACCAAGAGCCGUUACCGUCAUUUGAAAGCUGUCGCCCAAGGUUGAAGAUGGCGGAGCGUACAAUUAAGUCGCGUACAAUUAAGUCUCGUACAGCACGCGAGUCCGGUGGCCCCGGGACCCGCACCGGCGCAGCAAUGGUGGCAGCAUCAUCUGACUCCCCUUCCUCUGUUUCCAAACGCAACAACAAUAAUAAAGGGCGCAACAACAAAAAUAAAGGGAAAGGGAAGGGCUCUGGUCAGUAA